GGGUGACAAUAAUUACACCAGGGAAAUAGGAGGUGUUUUAAAGAAAGCACGUGUUAACUGAAGCUGAUGGAACACGAACCUUGCAACUAAAUAAUUCUGGAAUAUGCUUCUACCUAGAGGUGAUUUUGCACUUUGAGGGGAGAGGGUUGAUCAGGCCUGACGAGAGGUGGGUCUGGUGUAAUCAGACCCUCGGCUGUGAAGGGGGUCCAGCCUUGGGUACAGACGAGCACCGUGAUGUACGCAUACAACCAGAUCAUAUUGAGCCGGAGGCCUGCCCCCAAGGACCACCGACCAUGAAUGCAGAUUUCGAUCUGACGCCAGCCUUAGCUCUUCGCAAGCUUGCGGUUUUGUUUGAAAGUGGGAAGUCGGAGGAAUGUGCUAUCCUGCUUCGUCGCCUCGCAGAUGUUUCCCUCGACGCCAUCUUGGAGCUGCUGCCCGUGGAGGUUCUGCAUGACGGCAUCCCUGCCAGCCUCCCCGUCCUGGAGGCUAUCUACCUCAAGCAGGCUUUCCAGGAUGGCUGUGGGAGGCUUCCUGCCGACAAGCUCAGAGCAGAACAACUGCUGCAGCACUUGGUGGCUCUCUUUGCCCGCCAGUCUUCGUCCGCAGGUCUCGGCACAAGCGGCCCAAAGAACUGCAACCUGCACAUGCCCUGCUGCCGCUCCAUCUUGCGAGUCCUCAUGGCACAAGAUCCCUCUUUCCGCCACAACAUUGCACAGAGGAAGCGGGGCGUGGAACAGUGCUUGCGGCGCAUGGGGCAGCAUGGGCUGGUGAGCAGUGCAGCCGGCCACCUGACGACACUGCACGACGCAUUGCGGGCAGAGUUCGAACGUAAGGCCGGCCAGUUCAAGACGGCGAUGACCGUUUUUGAUCAGUUGCACCUUGGUUCGGGAAGGCACAAUCGUCCGGAACGGCAAGGCCCCGGGAAUGGGGGUACUAAUGGUGGUGGCGGCGGAGUGGUAGCUGCCGCGCCGACGGAGGCCGGGCACCAGCGGUUGCUGCAGGUGACGCGAGGGGAGGUACAAGAGCGCCUUAUCAAGAACAAGAGUCUGCUGACGGCCGCGGAACCCGCCGAAGAGCGCGCGCAUCUGACGCGACUCUUGCGCACGCUGCGAACCCGCAUCGAGUACGACAAGGCUCUGCUUUUCCACGACACAGAGCUGCGUAGGAUAGGGAUGACAACCUCCACUAGAUCUCGCCUGCCUGCUGCCCUGGCCUCCCCUCCUUCAUCUCCUGCUAUCUCCGUCUCAAACUCUAAAGCCAACCAUCUCUCGCCCAACCAUCACUCGCCCAACCAUCACCACCAUCAGCAGCAGCCAGUCGCAGAAACUCUUCUUGGCUUCCGCAUGGGGUACAGCGCCAUCUUGCGCGUAGCCAGAGAGGUGGACGGAAGGACAAGCGCUGAAGAAGACGACGAAAACGUUGAGGACAGCAGCGCUUCGGAAAACGAGGAUCAGGAAGAGGGGGAAUGGGAGAGCGGGUUCCGGCCCCCUCCCCCGGCCAGCUCUCUGUCCGGGCGGCAACGUGCGACGGUGGUCAGUCUCAACAGCAGCCGAAGUCGUCACCUGAACAUCAGUCUCCCAAGUUCAGCAGGGCGCCAUCGGAGUCGCCAGCUGACGGGGUCAAGAGGUCGCAACAAGGAUGCUGGCAUGCAAGCAACGCCUGUUAUGGAGGCUGAGGGUGAAGUCAGUGGUGAAGAUAAACAGACCAAGAGCAUGAUGGCAUCAGAGCCAUGCUUAGCAACAGCUGCUGGUAAUGUCGCUAGUACCUCUGUCCUUCAGCAGGAGAUCUCAUACCUUCAGCAAGAAUUAUCUGUGGCUCGUGACAGAAUUCAGUGCUUGCAAGCACAGGAAAAACAGCUUCGAGAGUGCUUAUCAAAUCAUGCUCAUCAGCAGUUUCAAAUGGGCAAUCAGCAGUUUGAGGACUUGACUCUUGGCUCACAGCGCCCAACAGCAUUGAUUCGACGCUUUGGUGAUCUCUACCUAGAUGGUCGAGUGGAUGCCCUGGAUUCUUUGGAUCAGAUGACACUACUUAAAGACCUUGAUGCCUUGAAAAUCAAAAUUCUCUUCUCAAUUGUUGUUUUAGCUUUCAAGGCUGCUCAGCAAAAUCUGAAUGAACUGAGGGGUCAGCUUUGUCAUCUUCUGCAUCUGCCAUUAUCACCUGCAGCCAACCAGCACCAAGACCUACAGCAGUUUCCUCAACAGAACAUUAUCUCAUCAUCCCAUACUUCUUACCUAACUGCAGAAAUGGAGAUGCACAUCACAAAAUACUUGUGCAAGACAGCUGACACAUUUGACAUCUCCGAACUGGUGUUUGAUGUGAGCCAACAAAUCUACAAUACACUUUAUGACUAUCCUUGCCUAAGGGCAUGCCCGGGACUUUUGGAUUACAUUUCACAAUGUGUUCGCUUGGCUUGGGGACUCAGUGUGCAACGAAAGCCAUACACUAUCAAUUAUGAUGCUCACAAGUUUGACAGUAGCAUGUACACACGUUUUCACACAUCUGAUCCCAAUUCUGAAGAGAUCAAAACUUUCUUGUGGCCUUCACUUAUAGAUUCUCUGGGUAGGUGUGCAUCAAAGGGGGUUGUAAUUACCUGAUUUUUCUCCUUGUCACUUGGCCAUCAAUAUUACUGUGAUAUCUCUUAACAUCCUUAUCCAAAUGGCUUCUACAAGUACAUCUCCAGUAGAAAAUAUUCUCCCUAAGAAAUACAUUUGUUUAGUCUGGGCCUAAUCUUUUAUCUAUCUGACCAAAAUCUAGUGGUCAGUUUGUUUUGUUUUUUGUUGUCGGGGGGGGGGGGGGGAGAAUUGGUGUUUAUGCGGAGCCAGCAACUAAGCCUAAUUUAUGGCAAGGCAGCCAGCCCUGUAAAGCGAUACCACAUGCAGA